AUGGCAAGAAAAGUAACUUGUUGUUUGUGGUUUUUAUGCAUUUUAACGUGCUAUUUGUCAAAUUCGCCCUGUGUUGGUGCCAUAGAGAAGUCGUGGUUAAAUUUUAUCAAGUUAUGCAUUGCGAAUUGCGAGAAAAAUCGAGAUGAAACGCAAGUUCGUAUUAGCCCAGAAGGUAGCCCUUUCUCUUCAAACAUAAUAAACGACGUUAUUCCUUCAGUCAUCUUGUGGAACCCACUGUCUCAUACAAACAACUUUGGUCAACUAACAUGCCCCAAUUGUCACUCUGCACUAAGGCACUGGAAAUGGAAAGAUGGUAGCAACGACAGGGACAAUCCAAGGAACUUAUUUUGUAUUCAAGAGCGUGUUCUCUUGGUUUCGUCUGUGUAUUUGUGUGAAAGAAAUCAUCAAAUCGUUUCCCAUGAUCCACAAAUCCUUAAGGAAGUCAGAAAACAAAUUCAAAUUCCUUUUGUACUAUUUCAUAAGUCUGGUGUUACAAGAGAUCUCUUCGAUUAUAUAGGCAUCACUAUUCAAACUGGAAUAACUAUAGAAGAUGUUGAAAUUAUGUUAAUAAACUUACAUUCCUCGAGGCAGUCCAUGCUACAUAACACGCCAACAUCCACCCGAAAUAUUGACCACAACAGGGAUAUAUACAAUCCAUUAUAUACGAUCGGAAAAGAUUUUAUUGGACGAAAAUUGAUAUCUAAAGUAUUUGUUCGGGCCUUUUUUGAAACAGAACAUAUGUAUACACAGUAUAUGGCCCAAACACGUGGAAGUUGGAUAUCAUUUGACCAUACCUUUAAAGUGACUUCUAAUAUUGGUUAUUGGGAACAUGGAACUUGGAGAAAAUUAUAUGACUGUCUAUUUAUUGUUAUGAAUGAAAAAAGCGAUAUACUUGGAUGGCAGCUGACAAAAGGCACUGCACUGAAUAAUGUACAAAAACUGUUAGAAGGAUUAAAAAACCGGCUUGUGAGGCUUGAAAGUGCUUCUGAUGGGAUUAUUGUGGAUACAUUUGAUGGGAUUAUUGUGGAUAACUGUUGUAUAUUGAAGAACAAACUUAAAGAUAUAUUUGGCCCCAAUGUCAUAAUAAAACUGGAUCUAUUUCACGGCAUACAGAGAAUUGUAAAACAAAUUCCUAAGCGGAGUGGAAAUGCAAUGGUUAAAAGACUACGCAAACAAUUAAUAAAGGACUUGCGACUAUGUUUUCGGCAAUUAAGUGAUGUUGGUGAUGAAAGGAAAGAAAUGACACCAUCACCAACCAUAAUUGAAAGAAAUAUUGAAAUAUUUAAACAAAAGUGGAAAGACGAAGAAGUGGAGAAAACUAAAAUAUUUCCUGUGUUAGCACAUGACGAAAUUGAAAAAUUGCUUGUUCAUAUUAGACUGGGAUGUUUAUCUGAUAUUCCACCUGGUAUUGGGACCAACAGAAAUGAACGCCUUCAUCGAAAGUUAAGAAAGUGGUUGAGUCGAAGUCGUAUGGGAGUUUCUCUAGCUGUUGCACUUUUGACAACUAUUUUCUAUAUUCACAUGGAACAAAAUAGCAAAUGUGUUAAAAAGAGAUCAUCAAAGAUAGUUGUUCCUGUGACUCGGUGGUAUGGAAAUUUUUUAGCCAAUGGAGGUCAGCUUUCAAAUGAAAAGUUUGGAUUAAAUAAUUCAAAUCUGAACUUGAACUUGAUGGAAGAAGAAAUUGAUCUUAUUUCAGACGAUGGCAGUCUUUUGGGGAAUCGUGCUCUAUCUGACGACUACAGCAGUGAUGAGAGUGUACAUUUAGAUAAUGAUGAUACUGAAACAUUUGCAAAAGAAAAUUCCGAAAGUCUAAAAAAUAGAGCCAAUGCUAUGGCUAAUAUCGCCACUAGCGUCUUCAAAAAAGCCAAAGCACCAAUUACUGCUGAUAAGAAUUUAUGGAUUUUUUCAAAUUCUGUUUUGCUGCUUUUUUCAAAUCCAAGUUUUGAAGUUCUGCAUCAGGAAGAAAAAGAGGAAAGUGUAGAUGGCAUUCUUAAAAAUUACGGAUUUAUAAGACGAAAGGUAGCAGGAAAUGGAGAUUGUUGUUUUUUAGCAGUUGGCAUUGGAAUGGAGAUUUUUCUUGAGGAAGGAAACCAAGAAAAUCUUUGUACCCACUUGAAUUCCCUUGGUUUCUAUAAAGGACAGGACAUUUCUGAUAGGGUAAUGAUACUGCGAUCACUUGUUGUUGCUGAGUUCCUUGGUGAAAACAGCAAAGAAUAUCUGAUGUUUCUUGUAAAUUCAGAGCAAGAAUGUUAUGAAGAAAUGGCAAACCAAUUCCUAGAUCAAGGUUUUUUUGACUGUGAACUGGGUAAUGGUGUUUUGCUGGCAUUAGUAAAUGUGUUGAAAUGCUCCAUUGUAUGUUUUACAUCCAUAACCAACUAUCCAGUUAUACCUCUUCUCCCACGACACGAGACAUUAUCGUCCAUUCCUCUUUAUGUUGCAUUUACACAUUUUGGUAAAGGACACUAUGAUGCAGUGUAUCUCCAGGAAGACAGUGUGUAUCAUGAAGAAGUUGGUCAGACACAGAAAUGUAGUUGUGGCAGAGGUGGGGCGAACGAUAAAUCCAAGGAAUUUUGUAAGGCUUAUGGUUCCAGAUGCAAAUGUUUCCAGAAUAUGCAAGGAUGUGGUAAUUUGUGCAAGUGUUUUAACUGUGGUAACCCAUAUGGUAGCAACCAGACAAAGUCUUUACAAUCUAAGAUGGCGAGAAAAAGGAAAAGACACCAUGACACCCCAGAAUCCUCUGCUGACUUCCUGCACAGAAGAGGUGAGCCAGUGCCAUUGGCAAAAUGGACUGACUAUGACAACUACCUAUUACAACAGGUCACAAACAUUGUUGUUGGUGUUGACGAUAACUGUAUACCUGACUAUGACAGUGUACUUCAUUUGUUUAAAGAGAUUUCUUCAUACCAAAAUACUUCUUGGCCUUCACUUAAGGAUAUUAAAUUGAAGGUAGAUAUGUUUCUGAGAGAUCGAGCUGCAUUUAGAAUAAUGCUUAAACAACAACUUAAUUUGGACUAUAAUGAUAAUAGUUAA